AUGACUAUUCAGCACAUUAAAAUGCGGUGGGGUACCGGCGACAACUACUGCUACCUGCUAACCGACGACACUACCAAGGAGACAUUCAUAAUCGACCCUGCCGAGCCGGCUGAGGUUCUGCCUACUAUUCAUGAUCUAGUGAAGAAAGGCGAAAUUGUCGUCGCUGGGAUAGUCAAUACUCACCAUCAUCACGAUCACUCCGGCGGUAACGCGGAACUGAGCUCCGUCUUCCCUGAAGUUCCAAUAAUAGCCGGCUUCGACUCUCCCUUAGUCACCCAGACCCCCGACAACGGCUCGACUUUUAAACUGGGAAAGAAUAUCUCGAUCAAAGCGCUUUACACCCCAUGCCACACGCAAGACUCGAUCAGCUACUUUUGCGAGGACGGAGACGAUCGCGCUGUGUUUACAGGUGACACGCUUUUCGUUUGUGGGUGUGGUAGGUUCUUUGAGGGGACUGCGGAGGAUAUGGAUACGUCGUUGAACACGGUUCUUGGAGCGCUUCCCGAUGAUACUGUGAUCUACCCCGGUCACGAGUACACUGCUUCGAAUGUCAAGUUUGCGACAUCGGUGCUCAAGAAUAGCAAAGCACUUGACAAACUUGACGCAUAUACGAAUGCGAACGAAGUCACCACGGGAAUAUUCACCAUUGGCGACGAGAAGAGUUAUAAUCCGUACAUGAUGCUUACUGACCCGCAAAUCUUGAAGGCUACUGGGAAGACAGGCCGAACUGAGGUGAUGAAAAGGCUGCGCGAGAUGAAAAACAGUUUCAGAUGA